AUGGUUUCCUCAACAUCACUACUUUUCCUCCUAUCUUCCAUUUUUAUACUCACCGCCCAAGCUGUCGCGCGACCGGACUUCCUUUAUUACUUUUGUAUACACGACAAGGGUGGAAACAGCGCCGGUAAUAGCAGCUACGAGGCAAACUUCAGUGACCCCCUCUUCUCCCUCCCCACCACCACCGAAGUUGACUGUGGGGUCUCCCAUUACGAUGACGGCCAAAACUCCGACCAAGUAUACGCAAAUGGGUUUUGUAGAGGAGAUGUUAACCCACAUGCUUGCCGUGGUUUCCUCAACGACGCUAAGUUGCUUCUCACCGAGCGCUGUCCCCAGCAAAAGGAGGCAAUUGGAUGGUACGACGAAUGUAUGCUGCGCUACUCAAAUCGCUCCAUUCGUGGCGCCGAGAAAACUAGUCAGAAAUUCUUUAGGUCGAACCUGUAUAACAUGUCGGCCUGUAAUACCAGGUUUGAGGUCUACCCGUUCUAUAACCUUACAACUGCUGCGUCACCAAGAACAUCGACCAAUGCAAAUAACAGAGAAGCGCACGAUAGAUCUUUAAUUUUCGUGAUCAUCAAUAAGUUUGUGGUAGCUGUUGCUUCCGUGGUACUAAUCAUCUCCACGGGCAUCUAUGUAAGCGUGAAGGGGCUAAGGAAGAACGAUGAAACUAUAAAUGAAAUUACAAGCACGGAAUUAGAAGCAAAAAAGAAUGGGCGUGGACAUGGUGUUGUUUACGAGAGGUACAGUCAGAUUAGGAAGAAGCUCAGUACCAUGAUAUUCUAUAGCUCAAGCAAGAAGAAAGAUGGAUCUUUCGUCCCUCCCCUUAAUCAAGAAAAUGAGAUCCAAGAGGCUAUAUCUCAACCUAUCCUUGAUGGAUCCUCAUCCACUAGCGAGUUGGAUGAGUAUAAGCUGAGGUAUGAGGAGGCAGAGAGAGAGGCCAACAGACAGCGAGAGAAAAUAAGCUCCAUUGAAGAGGAAGUGAGCUCCUUGAAGAGACAGCAAACACAGCUGCAGCAAGAAAUGGAAGCCAAGCAGAGACAGUUGGAGCAGCAAAUUGAGUUUCUCCUCUCACAACUCCAAGUCCGUAGAGACCCUCCUACAUAG